UUCCCCACCCCAUCCAAGGGUUUCUUCGUUCACUGAGGGGGAAAAGGUAAAGAAUUGCUCUGUGGUAGUCGGCAUCAAUUCUUCUGAGAUGCUCAAUAGGUUGGAGAUGAUUGACAACAUCUCUGCUGAAUGCUCACAAGGCUAAGACAUCAUCAACAACAACAACAUGAGCUCCUCAUCGGGCAACUUUCAGAGCAAACGCCUUCCUUCGGAAACAGAGCGAGGUCAGAGGAUUGCAGAGAUGGACGCAGCCCAUCAGCUUAAAGUCCGAGAGAGGCAGCGAUUCUUCGAAGAAGUCUUCCAACAUGAUGUGGAUGUCUACCUGUCUUCAGCACACCUUUCUAUUAGAGACUACGCGAGACCACCCAUUGGUAGCAUCUCAUCAAUGGAAGUGAAUGUGGACAUGCUGGAACAGAUGGACCUGAUUGACAUCUCUGACCAGGAGGUUUUGGAUGUCUUCUUGAGUUCUGGGGGAGAAGACAAUGUCCUGAACCCCACAAUAUCCGUCAAUGGCAAUAACCCUGAUGGAGUUAUCACUAAUGGACUCCUUCGACAUGUCCUUGAGGGUUUUGACUCCAAAUCCCGGGUGUCCUCCACAUGUUCAAAUUCAUCUUUCAACAGCCAGAUUACCAAUGCCAAUCUAGGUGACACUUGUGGAGUGAUGUCACAGGAUCAUGUCUUUUCUAGCAACAAGGUCAAGAGAAUAGCACCGGAGCAGACAGAGGAGGAAAGUCUAACACCAUCUGUGUAGAAAAUAGGCUCCCAUCAUCAAACCACCACCUCCAGCCAUAAGAACUAAUGCCACUCCAAAACAAUUCACUACUCCUAUCCAGAGGUUGGUAGUAGUGUGUUACAUGUACUCAGUUAUAUUUACUUGAGUAACUUUUUGAGAAAUGUACAUACUUCUAAGAGUAGUUUUAGUAUGCCAUACUUUUUAUUUUUACCUGAGAUUUGUGAAGAAAAUACUCUUACUCCACUAUUUUGGGCUAUGCAAGUCAUUACACCUCUUUAUUCUACAUAUUAGAUUAUUAAUUUUUUUUGCCAGCAAUGCCCAGAGUAGCACUACCAAUGGUGUACCGCAAGCAACACGUCACUUCCGCUCAUUAAUAUUCAUGACGUUAGCUACUGUUGCUAAAGGGGGGGACAAGCGACUGUUUGUCCCCAAUAGGAAAUGAAUGGAAAUCGAGUACGAGUGAGAUGUUUACAGAGCUAAACCUACCAAUUCUCUCCAAAAAUGAUGUCCCUGAUGCCAAAUUCACUGGCAAAGAUGUGGAAGAACUAGGGCUGUCAAACGAUUAAAAAUUUUAAUCGAGUUAAUUACAGCUUAAAAAUUAAUCGUAAUUAAUCGCAAUUCAAACCAUCUAUAAAAUAUGCCAUAUUUUUCUGUAAAUUAUUGUUGGAAUAAAAAGACAAGAGAUACUGUAUAUAUACAUUCAACAUACGGUAUAUAAGUACUGUAUUUGUUUAUUAUAACAAUAAAUCAACAAGAUGCCAUUAACAUUGGUAACAUUCUCUGAAAGCGAUCCAUGGAUAGAAAAACUUGUACUUCUUAAAAGAUUAUUAUUAGUACAAGUUAUAGAAAUUUUAUAUUAAAACCCCUCUUAAUGUUUUCGUUUUAUUAAAAUUUGUAAAAUUUUCAAUCAAAAAAUAAACUUGUAGCUCACCAUUGUUGAUGUCAUGCACCAUGCUCACUCCCCAAACCCAUAAAAUCACUUGGACCCAAGCGUCAGCAGAGGGCGCCAAACAAAAAAAACAGGUAACAAGUAACAAGCGGACAUUACACUGCUGUUGUUUUAAUCCGAGCAGCGCGUGUGCGUUAAUUGCGUCAAAUAUUUUAGCGUAAUUAAAAAAAUUACCGCCCGUUAACGCGAUAAUUUUGACAGCCCUAGGAAGAACAUAAAAAUGUUCAGUUAAAGAGAUGGUUUGAGUGUCGAGGGCUGAAAAAGACGAAAAAAACGAGCCGACCGAAGCAUAGCCUUAGCUUUUUUAUAGACACCUUAUUUUUAUGCGACUGACAAUGACAUUCUCCGGUUUCGACAAGCUAUCCUUUAACACCAGCCCUGUCUUUCUUAUAUAUUAUAUGCUCUGGUUGACCCAAGUCUCUGAUCGUUCUUGGGGGUAAUUUAUAUUGUUAGUUUUGUGUCGCGAUCGCAAACGCUAUUCAGUGACAGCCACCGAACACUUUUAAUUUUUUCAUUGAUAACAAAUCUUAAUUCUAUAAUUUAUUUACACUUCCCCCUUACUAAAGUUUUUUUCUUACAACAGAAAAUGUAACAGUGACAGUCAGAAACCAUUAUAAUUAUUUUCAGGUCAUUCAUUGUCAGACAAAAGCAGCACGGCACAACGUCAUGCUAAAAAAAAAAAAAAAACCCACAAACAAACAUUGUCACCUGCAUGCCCAUACUGUUCAGUACGCCAUUUCACCAAUGAGAUGUUGCAACAAUAAUCACAUGACUCCAUUACACCAAUCAGACUCAUGCUUGCCGUUCUACGAUCACAUCGGCCUGUUCAAUUACGUGGUGUCUUUUAAACUCUGGGGUGGGGUGGGGGAGUGGAGUAUUUGACAGUGCGCUGCCGUCAACGAAGCACAGAUUUAAACCUCUCUCGGUUUUUAUUUGGCACAGAUCCACCAUGGAACACCGGAGAUAUUAUCUUUCAUAGUUACCAUUAUGAAAUUAAUAGGAACUACAGUGUUCACUAUUCAGACUAGGAACCAUUUUCUCCACUAGAGGGCACUCAUGCUCUUUGGAAGAAUAAUGCUUCAUUUUUUUUCUCUCGCCGGAAUUCAAUGUUUUUUUUGUAUUCCUCUGGCUUAAUGCAGGUUGUGAUGUGAAGAGAGCAUAGAUGUUUGUGCUGAGCAGGGGCGUUACCGGGGGGGUAGGGGUCACCCACGGACACGCUCUGCCCAACCAAAGAGAACUGGAUGUACCGUAUUUUUCGGACUAGAAGUCGCUUUUUUUUUUCCAUAUUUUGGCUGGGGGUGCGACUUAUACUCAGGAGCGACUUAUGUGUGAAAUUAUUAACACAUUGUGAUAUAAUUUCACAUGUCAUUUUGGUGUUUUGGAGUGACACUGAUGGUUUUGUAAACUUGUUAGCAUGUUCUUAUGCUAUAGUUAUCUGAAUAACUUAAUAGCUAUGGCCACGUUCGCGUUCUGCCUUUGGCAAUGUAUGUUCAAUUGUAUUAUUGACUUUUUUUAUAUUGAAAUGGAUGCAUUUAGUUUGUGCUUUCACGCCCACGUGGGGGCGCACUCGCACUUGUUUACAUGAAGAAGAGCGCUCACACGCCAGAAGUUGACUGACAGCUACGUAGCUCUGAGUGAGCAUUUUAUGGCUCGUGCGACUUAUACUCAGGCGUGACUUGUAGUCCGAAAAAUACGGUAGUACUAACGGCAGUCUGGGCACUGCGUAUGGUAUCCCAUUCAUAUAGUACUGAUGCGUUCUAAGUUUUAACCUUUGCGCUGUUACCUCAUCUUUAACCUUUAAAAAAAUAAAUAAAAAAUAAAUGUUUUGUUCCUUGGGGGCGCAACAGCUUUUUUUUUUUUUUUUUUUUUUUUACAUUUUAUCAAAGUUUUCACCAGUGUUCAUCUGGCUGUUGAGUUUGACCCCCUCAGAAUGCUUCAAAACUCACCAAAGUAGGGCUUAAAGCGUCGGCGGGACAAAGAAUCACUGCUAGGGGGCGCUUGGCGCUACAGUGUAUUUGGAAUUUGUCUUUACACAAUAUCAAAGAUUGCACCGGUCUUCACCUGCCUGCCGAUUUUGAAGCAUUCUAAGGGGGUCAAAUUGAGCUCAAAGGGGCUGCGGAACAAAGAAUUACUAUGGUAAUAAUAAUAAUAAAACCGAGGAACCACAAUAGGUCACCUAAAAAAAAAAAAAAAACCCACAAACAAACAUUGUCACCUGCAUGCCCAUACUGUUCAGUUAUGGAUGUGUUCUAAGUCAAAUAAAAUCAACUUUUGUUUAGACCAAAUCACAACAACAGUUAUCUCAAGGAGAAAACAAAACAUGUUUUAAGGUGCAGUAACCCUACGCUGGAUUUCGACCUACUUGAGCAUUGUAGCCCCCCCAGGUAAGACUAAUGCCCACCCACACCUGGCAUCCUGGUAACACCACUGCUGAGAAAAAGAAAAAAAUGUUUUAAAAAAACAAAAAUAAGCAGUUACUCACAUUACUCAUCAAGUAUUCUUUUCACUGGACAUUUUUUUUUUACUUGAGUACGUUUUUUUGGAUGACUACUGUUUCUUAAUCAUUUUGAAGUAAUGCUACUCGAGUCAAAUUUUUGUCUCCUUUGCCCACUUCUGCUUAUUGAUUUUAGACAAUGGAGGUAGGAAUAAUGGACUGAACACCGACUGUGAACCAUGUUGUUUCAGUGGACAAAAUAUAGUCACGAAAUAUCCUUGAUCUGGUUUCUUUUGCUUAAAAUUUUCCUCUGUACCUUUGUAUGGCAUUAACGCAACUGCGAAAUUAAUCAAGUGUUCUGAUGCAUCACAUUAGAAUUGGUGUUUGUGAAAAUAAACGUUUGUUGUGCAUUAAAGAAAUUAAAGCAGUGCUUCUCAAUUACUUUCUGGUCCGCUCCUCAGGAAGACGCAAACGUUUUGCGCUCCCCCUUCCCAAACUCUCUGCCGCGACUGUAAAUUGGCUAGUAUAUUAUAUAUAUAUAUAUAUAUCUCUUAAAAAAAAAAAAGUAAAAAAUAAAAAUAAAAAAAAUAUAAGUACACCUCUGCAUUGUCCUUGUUCACACAAAAGAUGAUAAAAUAUAUAACUUGAUUGUAAGUUGAUCUAUAACAGAAAAGACAAAAGACACAGGCACUCAAGGUACAUUUUUUCACCAUUUCAUACUGAAAAAUCAAGAAAAUCACCGACCCCCCCCAAAAAAACCCCCCAAAAAAACAGAAAGUCAUUGGACAGAGGGAACUUUUUGGCUCCAGGGGGUAUUUUGCACUGAGCAGAUUGGUAUGCCACCUUCUAUGAUGCCAACAGUGUUCGCUGGUUUACUGAUGUAACACAAAGCGGGACGAUCGUUAGCAAUAUUCGGCAUAUCACUGUAAUUGGUGUCUAAUGUCUUUAACUGAGGUCUUAAUUGAUUUGGUUUAAUGCUGUCCACUGCCAACAUUUUUAGACUAAACAUUAGGGGUGCACGAUAUCCAUUUUUGGAAACCGAUAUCAAUAACUUCCUGCUCCUCAAGGCAUAUACGAUAACAGAUUAUAUAUAUAUAUUUGCCUUUGACCUAACCAGAAUUGUCAUGAACAUUAUUAUAAUGAACAAAACAAAGACAAGAACAGUUUUGACAUCAAAUAAAGUGCCCAUAUUAUUUUUAUCAAAUAUAAUUUGAGUCAAUCACAAUCGAUCAGUCAAUAUAAUUGACAAUGUGUUCCCCUGAACAAUGAGCACUGGUCUAAAACCCAACAGGUAUUGUUCUUUGUCAGCAUAUAAAACAUUUGGUGCAACAGGAGAGGAGACUUGUCCUCUUAGAACAACUUUCUUAACCUGGCAAUUAUAGAACAGCAAGCCUAUCAAUAACCAAAAGGCCUCUCAAGAACUGUAAACAUAACACUGUAAAAUGCAAACAUUUGCUAAUUGCCAUAGUAAGGUUUAUAACUCAGUGAAGGAAAAAUACAGCCUCUAGAACCGUAACUUUGCAUACUGCCAAAACAGGAGUGGAAACAAACGCACACAUCCCAAUCAGACACCGUGCCAAAAAUAUUAAUAAGCCCGAUAAUAUAUGUCAUCGGAUUUAUUGGGACGUCAUAAUUCCUACUAUCGGACCGAUAAUUAUCAUGCACCUCUACUAAACACAUUGGUCUUUCAUCGUCUCAUCACUGUAUUAAAAGUGUAGCCAAAUGCCACAUAUGCUUAGUCAUAUUUCCUCGUCUUAGCUCUUCAUAUUAGCUCCUGCCGUUUGCACUUGUUUGGUUCAAAAACACUGCGCACACUCUGAAAAUAUGAGCACACACACUGCCAUCCACAGAGUGAAUG